CUUGCUUCUACUUUCUAAUCCCACUACAAUUUUAAGUUUCCGACAGUGCUUGAACGCAGCGCCGGUCCUGCUCCACUGCGCAGCCUCUGAACACUUCGAUACGAGCGGCAACUUCACCGGGAGCCUCGCGCGCCCCGCCGCCUGUCGCCCACAACAGCCCGCAUCAUCAUCAUCAUCAUCAUCACCAUCAUCAGCACCAUCAUCAUCCUCAUCAGCAUCAGCAGCAUCAGUGUGAUGAAGCAGCGGAGGACGGAGACCUUCCUGCUCUGAGACACUGGAUCAGCCCGCAGACAGGAUGACUGAGGUGAUGAACUCUUUGGAGCCCGGGACAGAGGACUUCAGCGGGGGAGGAGCUGGAGCAGAUCAGGGCGCAAUCUUCCCAGAUACCCAUGAAAGGUAUCCAAAGCUGUCCAAGAGGCUUCCCUCCAUCGUGGUGGAGCCGCUGGAGCAAACCGAGGUGGAGAGCGGCGAGCUCCGCUGGCCGCCGGAUGAGCCGAGCUCUCCGGACGCCAAAGCUGAGAGGCAGCGUCUAGAGGAACAAACUGCAGGUGAGGACCAGUCGAAUGUGGACGAGGGGGCUUCAGCAGCGGAGAUGGAGGACUCCAACUGAACAAACCCUCCUCCUGCGUAACCCACUGUUACUGUGAGUGUGUCCAGACUUGGAUGAAUGAAAGUAGAGUCCAGUAGAAGAGCUCGUUGAUAGAAAGAUCCAGAGACAGAUUAGAGAAGGGUAGAAAAACAGAUUCCCAAACCCCAGCUCGCAGGCUUGGAGCCAGAGUCGUGCUUCAACCGUGUUUAAAAAAUUUAAAGAAGGUGUUUUAGUUUUUCGCUUCUACGCUGAUGAGGGGGGAGGUUUUUCUGAGGGGAUCAACAAACUGCCGUGUUGAACCUAAUUUGUUUCGUGUUUGCCUUUUGGCUAUUUACUUUUCACGAGAAGCUGCCCAAAAAUGAACAAAAUGUGCUUAACUUUUGGCAGCAGACGUGUUUUUAAAGUCAGACUUUACAUUAUCUCCAUCAGAGGAUUUCCCCCCCUUUAAUAUGACUGUUGUUUGUGAUUUUGAUAUUUUUAAUUUCUCUCUCUGGCUCCAAGCCCUCGCCGUCCAGAUGCCCAUCUGAUCUGGACGGAUGUUUCUAAAUGCUGUCUUAAGUAUUUAGCUCAUGUGUGCCAUAUUACUACUACUGAUGGUAGCUACUGUAUUUUGUGCACAGUUUUUACAUUAACUCUAGAUGUAAAUGACAUCACUGUACGUUAAGUGCUGACUGCUGUAGUUCUGGUGAUGCUUGGUCUCACGAUUCACUUUGUUAUAAUAGCUACGAUGUUUUAAAGAGCAGUAUUUGAUUAAGGCAGCCUUCAUCACUUUAUUCGAUGUUAUUACGACACAUUCUUUAAUAUAUAUUAUAUAAUAUGUGGUCUUCAGACAGUAGGUGUUAAAGGGAAUGUAAUCGUGUUUUACUUAUUGAAGCAAUAUGUUCACAGGAAUUUAAAGGCAGUCCAUUUUGUAACAGAGGUUAAAAAAAAUUGAAUAAAUGAUGACCAAGAUAUUUUAGAUGUUUGUCGCUUGUCAGACAUAUUUUUUAAAAAUACUGGAAGCC